ACUACUGACCAUCAAACUGAAGGAGGAUCCCGGCAAGAUGGCAAUGAAAAUUCUUCAAAGGAAUCUGCUCCAGAGAAUCUCCUCUAAUUUUUUGAUUAAAUCUGGCAAGACAAGACCAUAUUCAACUAUGAAGGUUCGGGACGUGGGGCAACCAACUGCUGUCACCCAUCCUCAGUUAUUAAAGGAAGGUGAGAUUACACCUGGAAUAACAAGCAUUGAGUAUUUGUCAAGGAGGAAGAGGUUGUUGGAGCUUCUCCCUCCCAAUAGCAUAGCUAUAAUUUCGGCUGCUCCUGUAAAGAUGAUGACUGAUGUUGUACCUUAUACUUUCCGGCAAGAUGCUGAUUAUUUGUAUAUUACUGGAUGCCAGCAACCUGGCGGUAUAGCAGUACUAAGUCAUGACCGUGGUUUAUGCAUGUUCAUGCCAGAAGCAAGUCCACAUGAUGUGCUGUGGCAAGGUGAAAUUGCUGGAGUAGAUGCAGCUUUAAGUACAUUUAUGGCUGAUGAAGCAUAUCCUAUUGGAAUGGUGGAUAAGAUUCUUCCAGGACUCAUUAAAAGCUCUUCACAGUUGUUCCAUAAUGCGAAAACAGCCACAUCAAUUUAUACAGGUUUGGAUGCCUUCCAGAAAGCAGCUUACAACAGCAAAGUGAAAGAUUCCUCUUGCAUUACCCAUGAAGCACGAUGGGUAAAAUCACCAAAGGAGCUUAAAUUAAUGAGAGAAGCUGCUGCAAUAGGUUGCCAGGCUCUUCUAAAGACGAUGCUAUAUUCAAGGAUAUGCCCUGAUGAGGGCAUGCUCGCAGCUAAGGUUGAAUAUGAAUGCAAAAUAAGAGGUGCAGAAAGAAUGGCGUUUAACCCUGUGGUUGGUGGUGGGCCUAAUGGCAGUGUCAUUCAUUACUCCAGGAAUGAUCAGAGAAUAGAAGGUACAGACCUUGUUCUAAUGGAUGUUGGAUGUGAACUGCAUGGUUAUGUUAGUGAUCUUACUCGCACAUGGCCACCUUGCGGCAAUUUCUCCCCAAUUCAUGAAGAACUUUAUAACCUUAUAUUAGAGACUAACAAGGAGUGUGUAAAGCUUUGCAAACCUGGUGCAAGCAUUCAGGAAAUACACAAUUUCUCGGUUGAUAAAUUGAGAAGAGGGUUCAAGCAUCUUGGGAUAUUGAAGAAUGAUAAUCUCCAAAGAUAUAACUUGCUGAACCCUACCAAUAUAGGUCACUAUCUUGGAAUGGAUGUUCAUGAUUGUUCUACAAUCAGCUGCAGCCGUCCUCUGAUGCCGGGAGUUGUGAUCACAAUUGAACCAGGAGUAUAUAUCCCUUCUAGCUUCGAUUGUCCAGAGAGGUACAGAGGCAUUGGGAUAAGGAUUGAAGAUGAAAUCCUUAUCACAGAAUCUGGUUAUGAAGUACUCACAGGAUCACUACCAAAAGAGGUAAAGCAAAUCGAGUCUUUGCUGAACAAUUUCGGCAACAGAAUGGAAGGGGAGGCUUAUAACACAGUGAGGGCUGUUUGCAUCUGAUGGACUAAGAGAGGAGCAAAAGUGGAAACUGCAAGGCAGAGUUUCUCUGUUGCUUGAAACUCGGAAAAUCCCAUUCAAGGAUCGGGUAUAAGGGAUAUAGUUCGAUUAUUAAGGGUAUUUUGUCCCUCAUCUCAGAAUACCGUCUGAAUUCUCCUCCUAGCUCCUCUUGUAUAAAACGUUUCAUUCAAAGAGAAAAUAGAAGGCCAUUCUUUUCCUUCCUUGUUAGGCCUUUCUUUGCAUU